GAGAGCGAGAGCAGCUACGAGCAGAUCACACAGGCGGCUAUGAAAGCCGUCAAGCGGGAGCUGCAGCGGCAGCGCAUCCGGCAUCGGCGCAGCCAUGCGCUGCAGUACUUUGCACGGACGGACGCGGCGCCCGAGUGGGUGAAUCCGUGCGGCGGCGUCUAUCAGCCGGAUCGACAGCAGCCCAAGAAGCUGAACAUCUCGGCGCGGGCCAAGCGCAAUUAUUUGAAGCUGCUGCGCAACAACACGCUCAUCGAACUGCAAGACAUACGUAAGGCGGCCAGGCUGGACUACGGCGACAUUCAGGCUUGGCAGCGCGAGUACACCUUCCUGCCGAACAUGACGCGUCCCACAAAUAAGGUGAUGCUGCAGACCUGGUACCGCGGCAUCCAGACCUUCGUGGGCAGCUUCGCGUAUCUGGGCAAGGCGCACUACAAAUACCAGAAGGAGAACCAGCUGCCCAUUGGCAAGUCCACCGAGGAGCUGCACAAGCUGCUGGUGAGCGCGCGCCGCGUGCUCUGCGAGAUCGAGACGACCAUCAAUGCAUCCUAUCCGAACAGCAAUGUGGCCAAGCUCAGCCAGAUUAGCCGGGCCAAGAUGCAGGCCGAUCUGGACUUUUACACGCCCGCCGAUGGCAGCAAGGAGGCCGACAAGCGCGAUCUCAAGUUCACCAAGCAGCUGUACUUUCAGUUUCUGGAGAACAUGUCCAAGUCGCUGCAUCGGGCGCUCAACAAGCACAAGCAGCGACGCCACAGCGCCGAGAGCCAGCAGCACAGCUCGGCCAUAUCCAAUUCCCGCCAGGCCAUCAGCCUGGAGAGCUUCGAGGGCAGCCGAUCCGGCCAAUCUGGCCAGUCCGGCCAGUCGGGCCAGUCCGGCGGCUGCUCCAAUUUCGGCGACUGCUAA